AAGCGUUGCGCUGCGGCGAGGGCGAGGGCCUCGUUGCUUCGCCGCCUGCCUCGUCUUCAACUGAGAGCCGAAACGGAGACGCGACCGAAGAGGAACACGCGAGGGAGGCGGAUUAGCACAAGUUGAAAGUCACACGAGAGAGUGUGUGCGCGCCUGCGAGCAUGACGAGGACAAUCGCGGUGAAGAUUCUCGUCCUUGUGAUUUUCAUCGUCGUCGUCUGCCUUCCAGAAUUUUGGACUUUAUACAGAGAGUCCCAAAUCAAGCUGCUGUGUUUGCCGUGCGAACGGGACAAGCGAGGGAGGAGGACGGAUGACAGCUCCGCAGAUGCUGAGAUGAGAAGAAAGAGGUCACGUGACCUUCCUCGCAUCCCAGGAGGUGAGAGCCGGCGGGAGGCCUGCAACGAGACGGAUGCCGACGGCGGCCCGGCGGCGGACGACGCGCGCGCAAGUUGCUACACGUGCGAAACGCUCGGGAGUGGGCCGCAAUUACAAAGCGACAACCGCUCCACUUCAGCAAAGGUUCACAUUGAGAUGUCGGUGAAGCUUCCAGUCGGAGAUGCGAACUUCCUGAAGCUCGCCUUCUACGGCCACCAAACUAGCAGCUGGCUGCACCUUUGGCCACCCGACGACGAGACGGACGAUGGCGGCCAGGCGGCGGCGUCUUCGUGCUGCCGGCCGGCGCCGUCCGAUCGUGUCGUCUGUCUGCUGAGACUUUCAAAUCGCACCAUUUGGAGUGCCGCCCGAAACGAGAAGUUUCUGCAGACACAAGACGAGUGGGGCGGUGCGUUCAGGAUCCUCUGGCUGGUUCUCUCGUGCGCGGUAUUGCUGACUUUGACUUCGGCUUUCCUCAGACAAAUGAAGCGGAACGGACACUGCUGUAAGAAAGUGCAUCCUCUCGGUUAUGGCUUCACUGAGCAGCAGUUCAAAGGUGGACGCAAAGACACCGAGAUCAGCAUUCUAAAAGGGAGAAACAGUCAUCAUCAUGAGCCUCGUCCGACAUGCUCCGGACUACCGUCCAUCGAAGAGAUCGAAGUCGCUGCUAAUCUUCAUCACCGUCCAACAGUGAGUUUCGCUCACAGAGGAGCUGAGCUGCUGAUUGACAGAACGCAGCUUUAAUCUCACUAAGAAAAAUCAUCAUCAUCCGUCCACAACUCAAAUGGGAAUAAAUAUCUGCAACACAAAGAA